UAUGGACUAAAUAUGUUUUUUAUGAAUAUAGGGAUCAAAUGUAAAUUUUGUGCACUUGAGGGAUGAAAACUGCAUUUUUUCGAAUCGAAAUUUCAUCUUCAAUCAUCCAAACACGGCUUCAUUUAGAUUCGAACCCUUACACUAUUAGCACAGCCAUUUUCCACUGAAUUCGCCUCUAAAUCAUAGGUUCCCGCCUUCCAAAACAAAUUCCACCGGCGCUCACUACAAGUGCAGCGAGAUAAUGGCUCGAGGCGGUAAGAAGGAAGUGACCUCCGCAGCCGCCGCCGCGGACCCGGAGGCGGAGGAGAGAUUAAGGCUUAAAAGAGUGGCAUUCUCCCGAAACAUUUUGUCGCAGAACCCAGUUAAGGUGGGCCAUACAACCGCUCUCGCUCCGUCCAUAACGGUGAUCAAACACCACGGGAAGGAUAUUUUGCGGAAGUCACAGCGGAAGAACAAAUAUCUGUUCUCCUUUCCGGGUUUACUCGGUCCGAUUUCUGGUGGCAAAAUCGGCGAGCUCAAAGACCUAGGCACUAAAAACCCCAUUCUGUACCUCGACUUUCCGCAGGGUCAAAUGAAGUUGUUUGGGACAAUUGUUUAUCCAAAGAAUAGGUACUUGACGCUGCAGUUCUCUAAAGGGGGAAAGAAUGUAACCUGUGAUGACUACUUCGAGAAUAUGAUCGUAUUUUCAGAUGCUUGGUGGAUUGGAACAAAAGAGGAGAACCCAGAAGAAUUACGGCUUGAGUUUCCCAAGGAGCUGAAUACGGAAAAAUUUACAGGCUAUGAUUUCAAGGGUGGUGUUGGGGCUACAAGUGAUGGUAAACAAGGUUCUGAAAAGUCUGCAUUGAAAUCCGUGGAAAGGGUGUUGCCAAAAGUUUAUCUAGAGGAGGAUAUAUCUGACAGUCCUCGUGAUUACGAAAAGCUGACAGAAGUGACUCCAACUAGGCAAUCAACUAGGACUGCUGGGAAAACUUUCAAUUUUGCAGAACCAUCAUCUGGUGACGAUAUUAUUGGAACUGAGGAUGAAACACCUGAAGAAGAGGACACGAAAAUUGACACUGAAACAAGAAAAAAGUAUGCGCCUACUGAUACAGAAAGUUCUCCCCAUAUAGUAUUUGACGUCGACAAUGAGGAUAAUGCUAGAGGGUCCCCAUCUUUAGGACAAUAUAAGCUGACUGGGAACACUAAGGAUCCCUCCGGUAAUGGUCGAACAUCUCUUGUCCAAACAACAUUAUCUUCAUUGUUCAAGAAGGUGGAGGAGAAGAAGGCAACGGAUGUGAAACAGACUGUCACUACUUCUGAAGCCUCCAAUCUUAUGAAAGGGAGGAGGAAAACAAAGGGAGAAGAAUCUGGGACAGUAACUAAAAGGCAGAAGAAGGACUCUGAGAAGGAGUUAGUUGAAUCUAUUAACCAAAGGAACUCAAAACGCAAAACCUCAGGUCCAUCAACCUCAACGAGAGGAGAAGUUGACCUGGUUGACCUGGUCCCUGCUUCCCAGUCAAUUGCCUCGAAUGAUUCCACUCAGGUUGAAGACGACGACAUAGAAGAGUUUUCUAACACAUCACAGGACCUGGAUGAAAGUGAUGAAGAUUGGACUGGUUGAGAAUGUAUGAUGAAGAUAUUUCAUUCUGGAAAACCAGCAACAUGCGUCAGUCCUUGUUGUCAACCUCUAACAUUCCGGAUGGACUUUAAUGUAUACAAUUUGUUGGGAUAAAUGUAAGAUUAAUAUAUUAUAUUUUUUUAUUUGUGAAGUAGUAUAAGUUUGGUGUUUGAUUACAA